CAGCUGAGGGAGGUGCUGGCGACCUGCCCCGCCGUGCUGCUGGAGGAGCCGCGCCGCAUCCACUACCACUUCCAGUACGUGUACUUCAGGAUGGGGGUCCAGCAGAAGGAGAUGGUGAAGGCCCGUCUCUUCCGAAUGCCCUUCGAGGAGCUCAGGAACCGGCACAUCUUCUUGGAGCGCCGGGGGUUCUACCAGACCCCGCACAAAGGCCAGACCCAAACUAAUAACCCAAAACUGAAGGACAUCCUUCGGUUGUCAGAGGAAGAGUUCCUGGCCAGCCUGGCCCACUCCACUCCAGAGGAGUACGAGGUCUUCAAGAAGCUGCUGGCUCGAGAGGAGGAGGAGGAGGAGAAGGAAGAAGAGGAUGAGGAUGCACUAUAUGCAGAGGGAGAUGAAGACUUGGACAGUGAAGGAAGUGAAGCAGCCCAGCCAUGA